CCUUCGGAAGAUGCCCUGCCAUUCCCAGCUGGGAGGCACCUGGGAGCGCGGCAGAGGCAGCCGAGCGCCGGGGAACCGCAGACCGCGGCCGGGCGCUCACCCCGCAGGGCUCGGGGGCUCCCGCCUGUGCUCCCCUGGGGAGCGGCUCUUGCUGGCUCCAGCUCCACCGUGCCCGGAAUCGGCCAGUGUGGAGGGACCUCUCUUCCCCCAGAGCCUGAGGAUGCUGCCCAGCCCGGUCACUUCCACCCCUUUCUCGGUCAAAGACAUCCUCAAGCUGGAGCACCCUGCAGGCUUCCUGCCCCAGGGCCUGCAGGAGCCCCCUGCCCUGCAGCUGCCCCCUGCCUGCAUGCACAAGAAGCAAGGACCCGCUUACAGCUCCGAGCACGUUUCCUUCAAGGGAGAGGUGGAGCAGCGGGGCAACUGCCGGCGGAGCGAGGAGGAGUACGAUCUCCUGCGAAGCUCUUGCGAGGAAGAGGAGAUGGACCUCGGAAAGUGUUUGAUUGCCGAGUCUUUCGAGAUGGAGAAGAAGGAGGAGGACCCCUGUGAGCGCCCCAAGCAAAGGCAGAGGAGAAAACCCCGGGUGUUGUUUUCCCAAGCUCAAGUAUUUGAACUGGAAAGGCGAUUUAAACAGCAGAAGUACCUCUCGGCACCGGAAAGGGAGCACCUAGCUAGCAUGCUGAAGCUCACCUCCACUCAAGUAAAGAUCUGGUUCCAAAACAGGAGAUACAAGUGCAAAAGACAAAGGCAAGAUAAAUCCCUGGAGCUCUCUGCCCACCCCCUCCCUCCGAGGAGAGUUGCUGUACCUGUACUGGUCAGAGAUGGCAAACCAUGCCUUGGGGGCUCCCAGGCUUACACUUCCCCUUAUAAUGUUGCUCUCAGCCCUUACUCCUAUAAUACCUACUACAGUGGCUACAGCAACAGCCCGUACAGUGCUAACUACAACUGCAGUUAUGCUGGGGUGCCCUCUGUGCCAACUAGUGCUACACCAGCUGGUCACAUCAUGAAUAUGAGCUUUAGUAUGUCUAACGCUGCUCAGAACCAGCCUGGCCACUUGCAAGCCACACUACCAGCAGGGAUCAGGGCGUGGUAAGUGGGACAUUAGGACUACCUGGAAGAUGUGUGCCCUGAGCAAUACCGCCACUGGAACCAUCCAGGACACAGACUGAAGCCAGAGAGGCUCAGAGGCUCAGAAGGGCUUCUCCUGCUCUGUGUAUCUGGACAUUUCCUGCACAAUCCCAGUCUGCUACAAGAGCAAUCUGCUGCAGCUCACCACUGAAGCUGCUGCUUAAAGGACACAGGGUUAUAAGGGGCCCUUGAAACUACCAAGCUGCAACAACUGGAAAAGUGAAUUACUGAUUAUUUAUUUAACACAGGAAUUUUCAGAUGCAUCCCUCUCUCUGUCCCACCCCAAAAGGCAUUUGCUUCUCCAGGCUACAAGGACAUCCCAAUAAAGUGGUGCCUUCCCAAAGGUGAUUUGAAAGCAGAGACCAUGCAUGCAUCUGUGCAUUUACUUUCAUAUGAAUGGUUUAUUUAAGACUUAGAGCUCCUUUCUCAUCCUCUGGAAUAUAGUUCUGGUAUAUAAUACUUGAUUUUUUUUUCCCAGCACACAUUUUUCCUUUGUGUAAUUUUUCAAUUAAAUAAGUUGAUAACAGUAUAUAAUUUUCAACAACCUCUGCAAUUCCUUUUUCUAACUUUUCCUGCUCAUCCUUCCUAGCUCAAUAUUAGCAUAAAAUAGAAUUUACGUGGAAAUAAAUUUCGGUUAUCAAGAGGACAAAAAGGGGUCUGAGCACAGGAAUGGAAGACUAACUGUGGAAUACUAAUCUCCGACAUCAACUCCUAUUUCUAAUCCAGGAGCAGGCUUUUACUUUUCUGCUUCCUUUUCCCUGUGUAUAACAUGGCUACUAUACAUACCAGCUGCUUAAAGAAAUUGUGAGGGUUGGUUAGUUAUUGAUUAUCAGGUCAUAUCCUUAGCUGGCAAAAGUCAGCCAAACUACACUGAUUUCUAUGCUGCUAUGUCAUUUUACAUUGACUGAGGAUCUGGUCCAACAUAUGUGAACUGUUUUACAGGUAUAAAGAACUUAAAAUCAGGGAGAAGGGAACACUCAGGCUGAGGAACAAGGCUAAAAACAUACCAGCAUAGUGAUGAUGAUUGUAAAGUGUCAGUUUUCAGGGACACAAGAUCUGUUAUGGAUAGUUACAGUGAUUGCUAUCAUGGACGUGUUUUUAAAUUACCCUUCCCAUACCUAAGGACAUGGUUUUAUUUGAAUGCAUUAUUAAAACAAACAAACAAUGAAGAACUAUGUAAAAUAUUCUCUAUGUCAGAAUGGCUAGAAGUGGAAAACUAAUUCUGAGAAGGGAACAGCUGUCAGCAGGGACUUUCCGGACCCCGCAUAAAAAAAAGUCUUAAUAGUUCUAAUUUUUUUUCCAGAGUUCUGCACAACAUCAAGGUGAGCACUGUUUUACAAAUUGCUUUGCCUAACAUAAGCAUGUUGGGCCUCAUUUGUAUCCACAUAGAGCUGCCAUUAAAAC